UUGCCUCGAACUCAAGCUCAGGAGUUUGUUGCUGCAGCAGCUGGCGUGCUUGAAGCUAAGGAGAGUUCCGGUGGCCAGAAAACAGCAGUUACUGUUGCUGCUCUAGAAAACUUUAAGCAGUGUCAAGAACUGUUCAGAGUGGCUUGUGAUCAAGCUGAAGAGUUCGUGGAGUCUGUGAAGCAAAGGGUAGGGUCGGAGUGCCUGGUUGAUGAAGCCACUGGCUCGGUGACUGGAAAGCCAGGGCAGGCUGUCACAACUGGUCUUCCGCCUAUCAGUGCAGUUAGGUUGGAACAGAUGAGUAAAGCGGUCCGGUGGCUGGUGAUUGAACUUCAGCCGGGUUCUGGAACUGCUGGAGGUUCAUCGCAUCCCCAUCCUUCUGCACCUUUUGAUGCUAGAUUUUCUGAGGAUGCAGCUCAAUAGAUAUCUGUUUCCAGGGCAAGAGGA